AUGAGAUGGAUUGCACAUCAUAUCCAACUUAUUUCAAGUGAUAUUUGUAAUCACCCUUUGGCAAAAAAAGUACUUUCAGAUUGUCAAAAAAUAAUUAGUUUUUUUAAGAAUUCUUAUCCUGCAGGUGCUGCUCUUAGAGAAGAAAUAUUUCAUACAUUUACUGUUGGUGGAAAUUUGAAAACUUCUACAAAAACAAGGUGGUCAACAGCAUGGGACUGUUGUGAAUCUCUUUUAAGAAAUGAAAAUAACAUCCGAUCUGUAAAACAACUUCGGAAUCUUAUUGCUCCAGUAAAAAAAGCGGUAAAAGAUGUAGAAUUUCAAAAUACAAUUUUAGCUGAUGUAUUUGUAGAAUUGGUAAAAAUAGCCAUUGCCGUUCAAGAAAUUCCUACUCCACUUAAUAAUCAGUUUCCUUAUUUCUUACAUCCAACAUAUCGAGGUGAUAAUUUAACACAUAAUACUUACAAAAAAAUUAUUUUGCGUAAAGCUUUAGAAAUUUGGAAGCAAACCGGAGGUGGAGAGAAGACAUUAAAACUUCAUUCUAUUACUCCUCAUAAUGCUUCAACUGAACGAGUAUUUUCAGUUUUAAAUUGGUAUUUAUGUAAGAGACGAAAUAAAAUGAAUAUAUCUCAUUUGGAAUCAUUGGCUCAAAUCCAUUCUUUUUUAAUUGCAAAUGCUCCAGGUGAAUUAAAUUUUAUUAAUAAUAACAUCAGUCAAGAUGAAUUCACUGCUGCUUUUAACCAAAUUGCUGUAGCAAUGGAAGAAGGUAUUGAUUUAUUUGAGGAAAAUGAUUCAUUUCCAGUUUUUGAUGAUGACAGUGAAGAGGAUAAUGAUUUGCUAUUGCAAAAUGAAAAUGGAUUAAAUUUAGAAAUAAGCGAAUUAAUUCAGUUAAAUGUAAAUCAAUCAGGUUCCAUUAAUGAAAAUCAAGCAGACAUAAAUGAAUCAAGAAUUGAACAUGGAAAUAAAGAUUUUAAUAUUGAAGACUUAUUACAUGACGAUUAG